AUGCCUUUUCACCAGAUUGAAAAUGAAGAAGUACAGCAGAAUGGAGAGCAGGCUAACGAAGCCGCAGGUCACAUGGAGCAAGUGGCAUCGGGACCGUCGGGACAAAAUUGCUACGAAUGCAUGUUUUGCAAACGAGGAUUCAGCCGUGCGGAGGCGCUUGGCGGUCAUAUGAACAUCCACCGCCGGCACCGGGCUCUUCCGAUGCUAUCUUCAUUAGUAGUAUGUGACCGGGGGCCUCGCUCUUCCUCUCCUUUGCCUUCUUUAUCUUCACCGGCUCCAUAUGACCAGGCCGCUUCCUUUUCAUUAGUCUCCAAUUUGUGGGCAGGACACAGUAGUGAAGAAUAUAUUCGGGAGAAGACUUGCGAUAGAGUUCAAUUCUAUUCUUACAGUGAAUCCUUUGAUGAAAACCCGCAAAUGAAUGCUAAAGGUAAGGAGAUGGGUUCUUCAGAGGAUGAUGAGGAAGUCGACUUAGAACUUCGACUGGGACAAAGCCCUGCUAAGAAAUUGAGACUUAAUUUACCAUAUCUCGAAAUUCUUUGA